UACGCGCCAAACUCUCAUACAAAUCAAAACUUUCGGUGUCAAGUUUUCAAAAGUGUCAGUAUCCGUUUAUUUUCGCAAACAAAUCUUGAAAAUAUGGUUAACUCUCCUGCAAUCGGCAUUGAUUUGGGUACAACGUACUCUUGUGUGGGAGUAUGGCAGGGAGGUAAAGUAGAAAUUAUAGCUAAUGAUCAAGGUAACAGGACGACACCAAGUUAUGUGGCUUUUACCGACUCAGAACGUUUAAUUGGAGAUGCGGCGAAAAAUCAGGUCGCUAUGAACCCGAACAAUACAGUAUUCGACGCAAAAAGGCUAAUCGGAAGAAAAUUCGACGACCCCAAAAUCCAACAAGAUCUAAAACAUUGGCCGUUUAAAGUCAUCAACGACAACGGAAAGCCGAAGAUACAAGUUGAGUUCAAAGGUGAAAUGAAAAAGUUCGCUCCAGAAGAAAUAAGUUCCAUGGUUUUGACUAAAAUGAAGGAAGUAGCCGCUGCAUAUUUAGGAAGAGACAUAAGAGACGCUGUAAUAACAGUUCCGGCAUAUUUUAACGACUCGCAACGGCAGGCUACCAAGGACGCCGGUACAAUUGCAGGUAUCAAUGUCAUGAGGAUUAUAAACGAACCAACAGCCGCUGCUCUAGCUUAUGGCCUGGAUAAAAAUCUUAAGGGAGAAAGAAACGUCUUGAUUUUCGAUUUAGGAGGUGGUACAUUCGAUGUUUCAAUUUUAACUAUAGACGAAGGUUCUUUAUUUGAAGUUAAAUCUACUGCUGGAGACACUCAUUUAGGUGGCGAAGAUUUUGAUAAUAGAUUGGUGAAUUAUUUCGCCGAUGAAUUCAAGAGGAAGUACAAAAAGGAUAUGUCAAGGAACGCUCGCGCAUUAAGACGAUUAAGAACUGCUGCAGAAAGAGCAAAACGCACUUUGAGCUCAAGUACAGAAGCUUCGUUGGAAAUUGACGCCCUCUUCGAAGGAGUUGACUUCUAUUCUAAAAUUUCACGGGCCAGAUUCGAGGAGUUGAAUUCAGAUCUUUUCAAAAGUACCCUUCAACCAGUGGAAAAAGCCCUUAAUGAUGCAAAUAUGUCUAAAAGCCAAAUAAACGACGUAGUUCUCGUUGGGGGUUCAACCCGAAUUCCAAAAAUUCAAUCGCUACUACAAAAUUAUUUUAAUGGCAAAACUCUGAACCUAAGUAUUAACCCAGAUGAAGCAGUAGCCUAUGGAGCUGCUGUCCAAGCGGCGAUCUUAAGUGGAGAUACCAGUUCGAAGAUUCAGGACGUAUUGCUAGUGGACGUUACACCUCUUUCCCUUGGGAUAGAAACUGCGGGUGGUGUUAUGUCGAAAAUCAUUGAUAGGAAUUCCAGAAUACCAUGCAAACAGACGCAAACCUUUACUACUUAUUCCGAUAAUCAACCAGCAGUUACUAUUCAGGUGUUUGAAGGGGAAAGAGCUAUGACGAAGGAUAAUAAUUUAUUAGGUACAUUUGAUUUGACUGGCAUCCACCAGCACCACGUGGUGUACCAAAAAUCGACGUCACGUUUGAUUUGGACGCAAAUGGUAUUCUAAAUGUGUCAGCCUUAGAGAGUAGCACUGGAAAGUCGAAAAAAAUAACCAUCAAAAACGAUAAAGGAAGGUUGUCCCAAAAAGAUAUAGAACGCAUGCUACGUGAAGCAGAAGAAUAUAAAGACGAAGACGAUCGCCAAAGAGAAAGAAUAGCGUCGCGUAAUUCGCUGGAAAGUUACGUUUAUAAUGUAAAACAAGCAAUAGACGACGCAGGAAAUAAAUUAAGCAGCGAGGACAAAAGGAAAGCACAAAAUGAAUGCGAAAAUUGUAUGAGAUGGUUGGACAACAAUUUUACUGCCGAAAAAGACGAAUAUGAUUAUAAACUAAAAGAAGUGACUCGAGUUUGUGGACCCAUAAUGACGAAGUUGCAUCGCGGUGGACAAAAUGGUCAUUAUAAUAAUAAUUCUUCCGGUGGAGAUCAAGAUGGCCCUACAAUUGAAGAAGUUGAUUAACCAACUAGCUAAGAUUAGAGUUUAUGUUGCAAAACAGUAUUCCGUAGAUUGAGCUUCCUAAAGUAAUUCCACACAAAAAAUUAAUAGUACUGUUACACUCAUUAGAAUAAAAUGCAAUAAAAAUGUAUUUAUUAAAGUUUACCAAGUAA